AUGAAGCUUUGCAACAUUUUAUUGUUUUUGUUGUUGGGUUUUGUCACACUGGGUUAUAGUUUUACAGAUCCUAAUGACCUUAAGAUCUUGUUAGAUUUCAAGAAUGGGUUGGAGAAUCCGGAGCUUCUCAAAUGGCCAGCCAAGGGUAAUGAUCCUUGUGGCCCUCCUUUAUGGCCUCAUGUUUUCUGUUCUAAUGGCAGAGUCACACAAAUUCAGGUCCAAAAUAUGGGUCUUAAAGGACCCCUGCCUCAAAAUUUUAACCAGCUCUCAAAGCUUUACAAUAUAGGCCUUCAAAGAAACAAGUUUUCUGGAAGACUUCCCACCUUUAAAGGAUUAUCUGAAUUGGUAUAUGCUUUCUUGAAUUCCAAUAAUUUUGACACAAUACCAUCCGAUUUCUUUGAGGGACUUAGUAACAUAACGGUUUUGGCUUUGGAUGGCAAUCCUCUUAAUGAGAGUACCGGUUGGUCUCUGCCCAGUGUGUUAGCAAACUCUGUUCAGUUGACAAAUUUUUCAGUGUCUUCAUGCAAUUUGGCUGGUCCAUUGCCUAAUUUUCUAGGCAGCAUGCCAUCUCUUACUAAUCUACAACUUUCUUACAAUAGAUUGUCUGGUGAAAUUCCUGCGAGUUUUGGGCAAUCUUUGAUGUCAAUUUUGCUUCUGAAUAAUCAAGAAGGAGGCGGCAUGAGUGGUCCAAUUGAUGUUAUUGCAAACAUGACAUCAUUGUCACAACUAUGGCUUCAUGGGAAUUCGUUCAAUGGAACAAUACCUGAGAAAAUUGGAGAUUUGUCUUUGUUGAGAGAUCUCAAUCUCAACGGAAACAAACUUGUUGGUUACGUUCCUCAGAGCUUGGCAGAUAUGCAGCUGGAUAGUUUGGAUUUGAACAAUAAUCAGCUGAUGGGUCCAGUGCCAAAGUUCAAGGCUGGUAAGGUUUCUUAUGAAUCCAAUCCGUUUUGUCAAUCUAAACCUGGAGUAGAAUGUGCCCCGGAAGUUUAUGCGCUUAUAGAUUUUCUUAGCGGUUUGAAUUAUCCUUCUCAUCUUGCUCCUCAGUGGUCUGGUAAUGAUCCAUGUCAAGGGCCAUGGUUGGGAUUGAAUUGUGAUUCUAAUUCAAAAGUUUCUGUUAUAAAUCUGCCUAGACGUAAUCUUACUGGCACUCUUAGUCCUUCAAUUGCAAAACUAGAUUCACUGGUUCAAAUUGGUGUUGAAGGCAACGAUAUAAAGGGCACAGUUCCUAGCAAUCUGACUGGCUUGAACUCUUUGAGAUUGUUGGAUGUCAGUGAAAACGAUAUUGGUCCACCUUUGCCCAAGUUUCGGAAUAGUGUGAAGCUUCUUGUUGAUGGAAAUCCUCUUCUGGUUGGUGGGAAUCAGAGUAAGCAGUCCCCUGCCCCUGCUAGCAGCCCACCCCCUGUGAGUUUAACUCCACCAAAGAAUGCUCCACCAGGCAGUGCACAGCCUCCGCCAUCCACUAUGCCUUCUAGUCCACCUUCUCCAGUCUCGAGCUCAAAGACAAAUCGCUCUGCUUCUGUAGAAGUUCCAGUCCGACCUAAAAGAAAUAAUUUUGGAGGGACCAGACUAGUAAUGGUGGGUGGAAUUUUAGCUGGCUCAUUUUUGGCUGUUGCGUUGAUUGCUUUGUCUCUAUAUUGUUGCUUUAAGAAGAGAAAAGAGAAAUCAGAUUCUCCUGGUUCCGUUGUGGUUCACCCUAGAGAUCCGUCUGAUCCAGAAAAUAUUGUCAAGAUUGCAGUUUCCAACAACACCACUGGAAACUUGUCCACUCAAACUGGAACUAGUUCUGUUGGUAAUGCUAGUAGUCUGACAGAAAAUUCUCAUGUGUUUGAGUCUGGAAGUGUGAUUGUAUCUGUUCAAGUUCUUCGCAAGGUGACAGAUAAUUUUGCCCAAAAAAAUGAGCUUGGCUCUGGUGGAUUUGGCACUGUCUACAAGGGUGAAUUGGAAGAUGGGACAAAAAUAGCAGUCAAGAGAAUGGAGACCGGGGUGGUGAGCGGUAAAGCUGUGGAUGAAUUUCAGGCUGAGAUUGAUGUUCUGUCUAAAGUUCGGCAUCGGCAUCUGGUUUCUCUCCUAGGGUAUGCUAUUGAAGGCAAUGAAAGACUUCUUGUCUACGAAUAUAUGCCUCAAGGUGCUUUAAGCAUGCAUCUUUUUCAUUGGAAGAAACUGAACUUGGAACCUCUAUCUUGGACGAGAAGGUUGAGUAUUGCAUUGGAUGUUGCUAGGGGGAUGGAAUAUCUUCACAAUCUGGCCCGAGAAACAUUUAUUCACCGAGAUCUCAAAUCUUCUAACAUUCUUCUAGGCAAUGACUUUCAUGCAAAGGUUUCUGAUUUUGGCUUGGUGAAACUUGCUCCGGAUGGAGAAAAGUCUGUUGUGACAAGGCUUGCUGGAACCUUUGGUUACCUUGCACCUGAAUAUGCUGUUAUGGGGAAGAUAACAACCAAAGCUGAUGUGUUCAGCUAUGGAGUGGUGUUGAUGGAACUUUUGACUGGGUUAACAGCCCUUGGUGAGGACCGCUCUGAGGAAAGCCGAUACUUGGCUGAGUGGUUUUGGCGAAUCAAAUCAAGCAGAGAGAAGCUUAUGGCUGCCAUUGACCCUGUUCUUGUUGCCAAUGAAGAGACUUUUGAGAGCAUCUCCACCAUAGCUGAAUUGGCUGGGCAUUGCACUUCGAGGGAGCCAAGCCAUCGACCUGAUAUGGGUCAUGCAGUGAAUGUGUUGGCACCACUUGUUGAGAAAUGGAAACCAGUUAAUGAUGAAACCAAGGACUUAUAUGGCAUCAACUACAGCCUGCCACUGCCCGAGAUGUUAAGAGUUUGGCAGGAUACAGAAGGCACUGGGCUAAGUUAUACCAGUCUUAACGACAGCAAGAGUAGUAUUCCAGCAAGACCAAAUGGGUUUGCUGACUCCUUCACAUCUGCUGAUGGUCGAUAA